CUCUUUUCUUAUAUGCCGUUCACUUCCGGCUGUGUGAUUAUGGCGGCGACUCGGCUGCUCCUGUUUCUCUGUGUAGUUUUUGGCCCUGUGUCCUCUCUCUAUUUCCAUAUCGGGGAGACUGAGAAAAAAUGCUUUAUAGAGGAGAUCCCCGAUGAGACCAUGGUGAUAGGGAAUUACCGCACCCAGAUAUAUGACAAACAAAAUGAGGAGUACCUACCAGCGACACCUGGGCUUGGAAUGUUUGUUGAAGUAAAGGAUCCAGAUGAUAAGGUUAUUCUUUCUCGGCAAUAUGGAUCGGAUGGACGUUUCACCUUCACCUCUCACACACCCGGAGAACAUCAGAUCUGUCUUCAUUCAAACUCAACAAAGUUUUCACUUUUUGCCGGUGGUAUGCUGAGGGUUCACCUCGACAUACAGGUUGGUGAGCAUGCCAACGAUUAUGCGGAGAUCGCUGCCAAGGACAAACUGAGUGAAUUGCAACUCCGUGUCAGGCAACUAAUUGAACAAGUGGAGCAAAUUCAGAAGGAACAGAAUUACCAAAGAUGGCGAGAGGAAAGAUUUCGUCAGACAAGUGAAAGCACCAACCAGCGUGUCUUGUGGUGGUCUAUUGCCCAGACUCUAAUCCUUGUGGUUAUUGGUUUGUGGCAGAUGAGGCAUCUGAAGAGCUUCUUUGAAGCAAAGAAACUGGUGUAAACUCACUGUGAAAGCAGUGUCUAUUGUGCCAGAGAUGCAGGCCCGUCUGCAGCUUGAUGUCUUCCAUUUUCACCCUUCAGGAGGAUACGAGUAUGGGACAAAAAGCAUCUUCAGCAUUUGGGACCAGAAAUGUCUGCCUAGAUGUAUCUUCCCAAAUGAUUGCCCCUUCAUCAGUGGCAGAGUCUUACAUUUUACUUUAAGUUUAUAUUUGGAUUCCCCCAACAUUCUUUGUAUUUGACCCCUAUCUGAAUGAGUUAUAUACUGCCAUCUUGUCCUUUUAUCUCAGCUUUGUGGGAGGACAUUGUUAAAAUUAGUCACUGUUGAAAAUGUCACAAAAAUAUCACAGCAGCACUGUUUUUGGCUUCUUGUUGCAGCCACUGCUUAUAUCUGCUGGUAGUCUGUGACGCACAAAUGGUGGGUCUGCAUGGACUUAUGCAGGAACCUGCUAAGAAGAACAUAAAGCAAGUACAAUGGGGAAAAAAGAAAACAUCUGAGGUCUCUAAAACAGUGUUUGCCUUAGUGAAUUUCUCUCAGUGGAAGCCAGUUCUUUUAACACAAUGCUCUGCUAUGGUUUAGUCUUGAUGGGUGAUUGUUUUUAGGGUGAUGUGGCAUGUGGGAUUUUAUUUUUUAAUUGAAGUAAUUACAGAAAAAAGCGGCUAUAGAUUUGCUAGAGGCUAUGGAUUUUUUAUUUUUUUUUGCCAAAGUGUAAUUAACUUGUUGCCUCGCUUAGUUUGCAGAGGCAUCUGACUUGUAUUAAAGACAUCAGUCCGAGUGUUGAUAAAAUUAUUCGCCUGGAGAUAAUGCUCAUUCAUUAAAGCAUUUGGAUGCUGUCGGGCAGUAACAAUAGGAAGUUGUCUCCAUAUCUGCUGAUAUUCUGUCGUAAUGAGAUUAUGUUAUGAUCUGUCUCUUGAUUCAUUGCACGUCCCAGGUACCUAUACUGGUUGCAGUAAUAUUGUUUGAGACUGCCAUAGCAAAUGUUUUCAUCUUCAUUCAGGGAUUUGAGCCACUGGGAUUCCAGGUUACAUGGAUCAUGUGAAGUUACUGAUCUGUUUUUUAAUGGUUUGCUUAAAUAAACAACAAAAACAAA